AUAAACGCAAAUUGACAAUAAAUUAAGAUGGUGGCUAAAAGACGAGGGAAACGAAAAAAUCCUUCAAAAGACCUCGUAUUUGAAGUCAGUGAUAGUGACGUUUCAUCAGAUAAUUCAGAUAAUGAAAGUAACGAGCCCCAUAGAAAGGUAUUGAAGACUAAUUCCCAAUUCGUUGAAUCUGUUGUGACUGCUCUUUCUAACCUACAAAACGAAGAGAGAAUAGAAACACUGGCAUCGCGUUCCAAAACAGAUAAUGAAGAAACUAUACAGUUAGAUGAGAGUAUUAUUGAAAUUGCUGAUAAAUCUUUAGAAGUUGAUAAUAAAAUAGAAGAGCAAGCUGCCAGUGCUAAGAAGGAGGAAAUUAUAUUUUUAGAUGAGAGCUCUGAUGGCAGUGUUCACAAAUCUUCAGAAAAUGUAGAUACUAUCAUAUUUAUAGGAGAAGAUACUUUAUAUGAAUAUAAAGCAAAUACUGAUCAAAGUACUAAUGAAUCUUCACAAGACCACAAUAGUUCAGUUAUAAUUUUAGAAGAAAAUUGUUCAAAUGGAUUUUCAAACUGUAAUAAAGAUACUGAACUAAAUUUGGGAACAUCUAGUAUCAAAGCACCUUUUGAAACUUCUGUAGCUACAGAUUUAGAAGAAGGAGAGUUGUCAGCAGACGAUAAUGUUGAUGCAAGGGUACCAGACAUAUACAUAACUUUUAGCUCUGAAAGCAUAAGCAAUCUGUACAGAUCAAAAUUUUUAGACUUAAUAAAUACUUGUACUGAUUUAAGAGUAGUUGAACAAGAUGAUCUCACAAUUACUAUACUAAAAGAUUUAGAUGAAAUUCCUCAAACACCAGAAGAAUCCAAAAAGGAUGAAACUUACAUACAGCCCCCAUGCCAAGUCACAUCAGAUGGACAGACUCCAAAAAAGAAGAAAAAAAGGAAAAGGGUGAAAAAGGAAAAAGAAUUAUUCACAUUAGAUACCAAACCAUCUGAAGAUGUGAAUCCAGUUAUUGCACAUUAUUCAAGUAAAUUCCAAAUCUCAGAAAAUAGUGGUGAAGAAGUUAACGUUUCAUCCUCCCAGAGUUGUUUGAAUUGUGAUCAGAAUCACCUUCUCAAAGAUUGUCCAUUGCCAAGAAAUUAUAUCAAGAUUAACCAAAUGAGACAACAGUAUAAAAUGAUGAGAGAAAAAAAUUCAUUACGUUAUCAUUUAGAAGAAGACCAAAAGUAUGACCACUUAAAACCCGGUAAGAUUUCAACUAAACUUCGAGAAGCUCUUGGUUUGAAGUCAAAUCAGAUUCCAUCUUAUAUAUACCAAAUGAGAAUCCUUGGUUAUCCACCAGGUUGGCUAGAAGAAGCCAAAUUAUUCUAUUCAAAUCUAGCACUUUUUGAUUCAGAUGGAAAGCACGUACUAUCGGAAAAUGUAAAGAAAAAUCCUGGGUUGGAUCCAAACAAAAUUAUUGAGUAUCCUGGAUUUAAUGCUCCAAUGGAUAAAUAUAGUAGAGAUGAAUAUAUGUUAUAUAGAGUGCCUUCAUACUCGUCUCGGUAUAGUAAAGAAUCAAUGAUUGAGUAUUUUGAAAAAGAAUAUUCCAAACAGCAAGAUGACUUUCAAACCUUGGAUAUGGACUUAGAUGUAAUUGAUGAUAGUGAUUAUAAAGGAAAACCUGGUAAUAUACCAACUUGUCUUCCUAAAGAUUUAGAAAAAGAUGUCCAAUCUCCUUCGAUGCUUGACUUGGAGACACAAAAACAAAGUCUUUUAGCCGCAUUAGAUGACAGCUCGGGAUCUCUCCUGAAAUCUGAAGACUGUUCUGAGAAAGAACCACCACAGCCAGGAUUAGAAGAGGAAAACCUAAAGCACGACUCUGAACAAAAUACUGUGGUGGAACAAUCGAAAACUGAAUGCUCAGUUUUGUCGUCUGAAUCAACAAGCAAUAAAAUCUUGAAUAGUGAUUAUGGUACUCCUAUUUUAAAAAGUUGUUCACGUUUUUUGACUUUACCUAACCCCGACAAUUUCACAAAAGACGUCAGCCCCGUUAUUAAUUUUGAAAAUUUACCAAAUUCCACUGGUAAGUACCAACAAAUGUCUGGUUUAUUACAAAAAGUAAGAACUACUUUGAAAAGUAUACAGAAGAAUAAUUCAUGAUAGUAUUUGUGAUUUCAAAUAAAUUUUGGAGUGUAUAAAGUGAUUUUUUUACAAUUUGAUGGAACUUUUGGUGUAUAUAAAACAUGUACAGUAGCAAUUAAUGCAAUGUUAAUCACAUGGCUCCAACAGAACCAUGUGUUCAAAUGUGAAUUUUUUAAUACUUUUAUUGUUUAUUUGAACGAUUUUUAUAGUACUUUGUUAAUUCUCUCCAUAUUAUGGAAUUUUUUUAUUAUUAUACAUAAUGGAAUCAAAUUCAUUUUAAUCGAUAAAUUUUUAUUACUUCAGUGCAUAUUAAACUGUUAACAAUGAUUACAUCAACACUCACUAUUACACUGGGUGGUUCAUUUAACUGGAUCUGAAUAUAUGAAACUCUGGAAACACCAGACGGUGUAAUUAAGGGGGUAUUCUGGUUUAGAACCCUAGAUUUUUACUAUUUUAAUAUUAUAUUUGUCGACUUUUUAAGAAUAUAUAAAUAAAAUGAAACAAAAAAUCAGAAUUUCAAUAAAUUACAGGCUGGUAAAGUGGGGGCUACAAAAAAACGGUGCACCCUGGUUGACAUGAUUCCAGCCCUUGUAGUGAUCUAGAAAAUUCUUUUUUGACCUUUAUGAAUUUUUUAUAAAUACCCCAAAUUGAAAGUUUUAUAAAAUCUAAUGCAGACGCGAUGGAGAGAUAUAUAAAAAAGAUUUCCACCAAAUUAUAAAGGAAUCGGUCAGGUAAAACUUGAGAUAACAUGUCAACCACUUUUUUCUCGUUUUCUUUAUUAUAAUUACUUAUAAAACUGUUUUUCAACAUCAAGAGAAGGUAGCUCAUAUAGUAAUUUACCACCUUUGAAUAAAAAAUUGAAAAAACAAAACAAAACGGCGGCCGUUAAGAAAAAUAUGUAAAAUUAACGUUUUUUUCACUUUCAUAAAUUAUAACUGGUACUAGUCCUUUAAGGGUCUAAGAUUUGAAAAUGUGAAAAAAAUCGAUUUUUCCAAAUUUUUAAACCAGAAUACCCCAUUAAGAGUAUUUGUAAGUGGUAGUGAACAAUUUGCACAAAAAAAAUUAUGGAAUGAACAAAGUACACAAAAAAACCAUUGAAUGAAAAUAUUUAUUUUGAUUGAAAAUUGAAACUUUUUAAAUAUUUGCAUGUGAGAUAUAAUAAAUAAUAUUUUACACGAUUUCAUAAUAACUUUGAUUCCACAACAAUCUAGUAACAUAUUGCGCAACUUGUGUGAAAUAUCCACUAUAACAUACAUAUGUUAUACAAAAAUAAACUUUAUAGGGUGAAGUAUUAAGUAUUUUUUGUAAGAAAAAAUUAAUCUAUCUCAUCUAUCAGACUUUUUAAAUAAAAAAUAAUUUUCGUUCAAUAACUAGAUUUAACACAGCAUCUACUUUUAUAUUUAGAACCUUCUAAAUGCUGCAAAUUUUUAAACUCAUAUUUUCAAUUCAUCUGCCAACUUGAAAUCUAUGUCUAUAUUUGUAUUUAAAAAAAAAACUUUUAAAUUUUAAAAAAAUUUUAAAUCCUUGACUUUAUAUAUUUUUGUUACAAAUAAAGUACUCUUGCUGCCUUAUCAGUCGAUUAAACUGAGUAAUUUUGUUACACUUUGAGCUAGAGCCAGAUCUUCUGGAAGUGAAUACAUUAAUUUCAAGUGCAUUUAGUACAUCUCAAAAUACAAAUACUUCAUUAUGUACACUUUUUUUAUAUUGGAAAAAUAAAAGAGGAUCAAUUCUUUAAAAGAUGAAUUCAGAACCUUAUUUUUUGCCAAACCGUUAUGGUUAUACAUAAAUUUUCUAAAGUAUUUACUGCCCGAGAGAAUUAUUUCCUUAUAUACUUUUAUUAUAAUAGAAAUAUAUAACUGUUUGUGUCUUAUGCAAAGUUUAUAGCAGGGGUACUCAAUAGGAUGUUAAAGAGUGUUAAUUUAUCGUAUCCUUUAAGAAUUGAGGUUUGCUACUACUGCUACCACUGGCAUUACGGCCCUCAAAGAGCAUUGGCCUCGUCCACCACAUUCCUCCAGUCAUCACGAUCCAACGCUCGGCGUUUCCACUCACACCUAGCUCCCGAAGAUCCUCUUCGAUAUCAUCCAGCCAUCGUUUGCGCGGUCGUCUAGGCAGUCGCCGGUCCUCGGGCUACUCGCUUAGCCAUCUGAGUCUGACCUUCUUGACUUCUGUCACCAGGCCGAGGUCUUCUUAGAGCCGGUAGGAGCUCGGUGUUUAUACGGCCCACACGCUCUGCUCGCACACUGGCCCAUAUAUUCAGCGUAAGAUCUUUCACUCUCACACGUUGAGCAUCCGCUGUUGAACACCCAGGUCUCGGGCGGAGAAUUGUGCGAUAGAUCCGCUUUUUCGUUCUCCAAUUCAGUAAACGUCAUUUCAUUAACUGUUGGAGACUGAAAUAUGCUCUAUUCCCCGCUUUCACACGUUAUCUUAUUUCACAUUGAGUUGUUAUUAUUUGCGGUCGCAGGUAUUUAAACGACGGUACAUUUUCCAACUUAUCCUACUUCGAGGGGAGUUCAGUUGUUCCUUGACAUAAGUAUGUAUUUUGUUUUGGAUUCGUUAAUGAUAAGCCUCGCUCCACAGGAUUCCUCCUCCAGCUGCUCAAAGCUUUUCUUCAGUUCAUGCUCAUGGUAUAAUUUUAAUUAAUAUUUUUUUUCUGACACUGAGGGGCAUACAAAAUUGCAUUGCGGGCCGUAAACGGCCCGUGUAAUAAGUAUCCCUGGUCUAUAGUGUUUUAGUUUUUUUGAAAAUCUGAUGUAACCUCACUUAGCCUUAAAUGCUCUCUUAUAUUCAUAUGUGAUUGACAAUAAAUGAAAAUAAUGAUCUUAAUAUGUUGUAAUCACUCUCAAAAUGUGAACUAUGAAUCAAAACAGUUUGGCAGGUAUUUAAUUAAAUAAGGGUCUUAAAUAACUCUUCUGCAGCAUUGUAUACCCCUUAUCCAGAUUUACAGAAAAGUAUACACGUGAACUGAACCUUUAUUUUCAAACAUACUGAAACCCUAGAAAUUUUAUUUCUUUUAUUGGAAAUUAUUUUUAAAUUUUGUACCAACAACUGCAACUAUAUGUUCAGUUGUUCAAAAUUGUAAAAUGUCCCGCAAUAUAAAUGUUAGGUUUAGUUUUGUAAAUUUUGUAAUUUUGAAAAUUAUUUUACAAAUAAAUUGAUAUUAGAGGGGAUUUUAAAUCGUCUGUUAUUGUGCACUACCAAUUUGUCCAACUAUAUCGAUAAAUUUUAGUUAUAGGCAUUA